AGUUUUACAUUUGCAUAUUCAUGUGACAACUUUAUCACUUUAAUCUUCCAUGCGUUUUACUUAAUAAUUUAUUUGCUGUUUAUUAUUUUUGUUUUACUGUCUUUUUUAUUUAUUCAUCAUCAUAUCGCUUAGCAAUAUUAUAAUAUUUGUUUUUAUCACAAUAAUCAUUAUUGUCUUUUUAAUAAAUGUAUUUCCAUUUACAGCUUGUAAAGCGUUUUAAGCUGCAUUUAUUAUAUAAUUAACGUGAUAUAAAGUUAUUAUUCUAUAAAUCUAAUAUUAAUGCUAAUAAUUAUAACGCUGCUAUUAUUACUAUUACUCCUACUACUACUAAUAAUAAAAUUAUUAUUAUUAUUAUUCACACAACUCAGUAUAAUAAGAGAAUUUCACUUAAUCGAGUCCUCUUGGGCGAUGGGUUGUGCGCAUGCUCAGUGCAACGCACCUGCUCAACAGAGUAGGGCGCGUCCCCGACGGCCCGAGCGCGCCACCGUCCAAAAAUCUGUGGGCGCGCUCUUUAUGGCAAGUCUCAAAAGAAAGGGGGGAGCAGUAGCACGUGAACGCGCCGUAGUUGUCAGGGACGGACGGGGUGCAGCUGGGAAAAACACACACAUGCGCGCGCGCACACACACACAUACACACUCUCUCUCUCUCUCUCCAUCUCUUUCGCUCUCUCUCUCGCGCGCGCAUGAGCAUAUACGGCGAAACGAUACGACGGCUUACCGACGGAGGAAACAAGGCAGCAGCCUUCGUCAUGACGGUGACACCGCCCGCGCGCCGUUAAAAAAACAAAACAAAACAAAAAAACCGUGAAGCAUGCCGCGCGACUCGGGCACCUUUUGUUCGUUUCCCGGAAACCCUGGCGCGCGAGGGGAAUAAAAAUGGAGCGGUAGGGGGACCAAGACGAGGCGCGAUUAACGCGCGCGUCCACCUGCUGCUACACACUCACAUAUACACACACCGGGGGGAAACGGUCAGAGCUUGCUCGCUCGCGCGCACGCAAGAGAGAGAGAGACACCCCGUGAGGAAGAGAUAAACAUGCUAACAAGCUGAGCGCAGAGAAGGAAGAAGAAGUCCAUAUAACGUUAAGGACGGAACGAACCCAAGACGGGAAGAUCAGACAGUAAGAAUGACGUUUAUGCAGUGCAGAAUUUCUCCAGAUUGAUGGAUGUCCUACAGGAGUCGCGAUUUGCAGGGCCCGAGUGCUGCCCCAGUCCUCCUAACACCACAGACAAUGACUCGCAUGAUCAUCUCCCUGACAAGUCGCAUGUUCUGACGCACUGUGACUCCACCGAACCUCCACUUCUAUCCCCACCCACCCUGGAUUCCUCCAGUCAGACAGCUGAAGUUCCCUUCAGUGUGACAGACCUGCACGAUGACUCUGUCUCCAAAGCCACCUCUCUCUCCUCUCUCUCAUCAUUCUCUUCUCUCUCCUCCCUCUCAUCCCUCACUUGCUCCAAGCCCGUGAGUCCCUGGUCCAUGCCUCAGAGCUGUGACAGACCAUCCCUUUCUAGCAUGGAUUCUGGGGGAGGUGACUGCAUAAGUUGUCUACUUCCUAAGAACCAAUCGUGCGAGUCCGUUCUUGGGUUAACUUCCGAUUUCCAGUCCUGCCCUUCCUCCAACCUCAGCAUGCAGUGCCUCGGCUCUGCCACCACCACUAUCCGCUAUGGCGACCAAGUGCUAUCUGAUCAGUUGCUCAGUGGACCCACCCAUACAGCUGGAAUGAAUGAAAAUGCAGAAGAAGGCAAGUCAAUGCGAGAGAGCGAAUCAGAUGAUGAUCCGACCUCUAGAAGUAUAUACGAGAGCUUGGGGGAGGAGGCUCAAGACUGGAGCUGCCUGGAGUCCCUGAUCAGCGAGAGCCGAAUGGAACUGUUAGACUUGUGUUCUCGCAGUGAGCUGGCAGUCAAUCUGUUUUGCGAGGAAGAUGUGGAAAACUACAUGUUCCAGGACGAGGAGUCGACUCUGGGUACUGAUGUCUGUUCACUCAAAAUUCGCUACGAGUCCUACCCGGAUGUGGUGCAAGAACGGACUGAGGUCUCCCUGCAAGAUGAAUCCCAACUAGGCUUUUUUCCCACUCUACCUUGUAGCAGAACGGAAAGUUUGCAAGACAAGAUGGACCAGUCAAGCGAGGACAAAGUAGAGGCCCCAACAACCCCCAACAGCAAUUUUCUUUUUGACCUCAGCAACUCACCUGAGGAUUCUGGCGAGUUCAGUGAUGACAGCUACUGCACAGGCUCAUCCCCUGACACCUGGCAAGCUCAACAACCCCAUGGACAACUGUCCAGGGAGAAUUCUAGCUCCUCCAGCCAGCUCAGCUACCGCCUUCGUGCCAAGAGGAAGGUUGCUUUCCGAGAAGACUACCUAUAUGACGUGGACUCCAUAGAGAGUGAGAGGAAUGCAGAAAAGCGCAAGAAGCUGUCGGUUGGACCGAAGAAAGAGUGGGAUGAUGACUGGUGCCCAAAGAAGCGGCGCCGGUCUUGUCGAAAGGAGCCACCGGUCAUCAUUAAAUACAUCAUUAUCAACCGCUUUAAAGGUGAGAAGCACAUGCAAGUGAAGUUGAGUAGAGUGGAACCUUCAGUCACAACGGUGAAUCUAAAUCCAGAUACCUUACUGCACUAUGAAAAACUGGCACCUCUGAAGGCCUACUGGCAGAAGAAGGAAAAGGAACAGCAGGAGCAGAACUCCUUAGCAGCUGCAGACAAAACCAAACGCCUCAAUGGCUGCAAAAGGCCACCGAGCACUACCCCUAAACGCAAACAAAGGAGCGCAAGACUCAGGAUUCAACGGGUCCCUGCUGUAGAGACUCUAAUCCCCAGCCAAACUGCUGCUGCCUUGUGUAACAAUCAACAAGAAAUGGCUGACUCAGUAAAAAGCACAGAAGACCUACAAGGGGCCGCAACACAUGAUGCCUUGGACAAAGUAGAGACAGGUAAAACUACACACCCAGCCAGGGCUAAGAGCAGAACUGAAGAGAGAGAGGAGAGGAGAAAACUAGAUAAAACAGUGAAGAUAAAGAAAUUCAAAAGUGAAGCCAGACUGAGGGCUAAAAAGCUACAUGAAGCACAGAAAGAGGAAAACCUCACUGCCUCUGAACUUACAGAGUUAAGUUCUUGUUUACCUGAAAACCUUAGUGACUCUUUGGAAAGUAAUCUUCUCACAAACGAGACCUCGGUUGAAAAAUGCACUUUGACUCCCGCUGCCCCGGGGACUAAUGAGAAUGUGGACCUCCUGCCUGGUGGAUAUCUACAGACUCUUCUGGAAGCUUCUGAUUCUUCCAGCAGUGCCAAUGUCACAUAUUUUUCUACAGACCAGCAGCAGACAGGGUUGCUACCAGUUGCAGCCCCUCUGCAACCAGUUCAAACUUGUGUACUCUCCCCUCCCUCGGAAUCUGAGCUCCCACAUUCACCCCAGCCUCUCAAUCAUAUCCCACACCAGACAUCGUUCCCUGAGACCGACCACCCUGAACAAAGCUACCCUGUCAACUGGCCUUCCCAACCCACAGUUGAGCAGCUUUCAUUCUCUCCCGACAUCCCAACUCAGUCCCCAGUCAUGCCGUCGGGCUUUCCCAGGCCAAUUCCUGUACUAGCAGGGGAUGGCACAACAGUGACAGGGUAUAGCCAGGUACCACUGGGUACCACAGGUACCUGCAGGAUGGCAUUUGAAGAACCACUCUUGCCAGAACCCCACUCGGAUACCGAUUAUGGGCGUAGUCCGGUGGGAUCACGAGUUGAAAAUGGCAUGGGCCGACUCGUCAGCUUUAACUCUCUGGGAUCUCUUUCUGCAGCUUCAAGCAACUAUAGUUCUCUUAGCCUCAGAGAUGGUGAAAGAGAAAGAGAAGAGGAGAUGAGCGAGAUCAGCGACGGUUUCCUCUCACAUUGCAGCCCUCAGCUAGUUCUGCAGCAGAGCCUUGAAGAGAUCACUCCACUUCGAGAGUCCACCGACUUGCUUGACAUAUCAAACUUCACCCCUGACAAGUUCCGGCAUUCCUCCUUGUCUGAAAUGUCCCCACCUGACACACCUAGCCCCUCACCACAGCUGCUGGGGAACUGUGGCAAGGGGGGAGGGUUUCUAGAAGGUGCAGGGGCUAAUGUGAGGUGGAGCUGCAGCACUGUCCCACAAGUCGAGCAAGAUGCAGCACAAAACACACACCUCUUACAGACUUUCACUGAGGAGGAGGAUGAAGGAGGGCUUCAAGGACUUAAGAAGUCUAAAAAGAAGGGAGGAAAGAAUGGACAAAGCACCAAAAAGACCAAAACUCCCAAGGUGGCUAAAGGUGAGAGGGUUAAGCUCCCAAAACAGGGUUCACAUUCUGCUAAGAAAAUCAAGGCAUUACUAGAGGGGAAAGCAGCUAAAGGUGAGAGGAAAUCAGAUAGCGGCGCUCCUUCUCCAACCCCGUCCCUGAACAUGAUAGGGGUUCCGGGGGACUGGCCAAAUGCCGGAGCUCUAUCAGACGAUGAUCAGGGUGAGUUCCAGGAGCCAUCGAACAUCCUGUCCAAUAUAGUCUCCGGGAUGGCGGAGGUGCAACGCUUCAUGCGGGCCUCAGUAGAACCACUUUGGGGGCCUUGUCUGUCACCAGGGCAGCAUGCUCUCCAAAGCCAAACACUGAAAAUUCUUGGUAGCAGUGCUGACCUUAAGAAACGGGGCAGUGCAUCAGGGGCAAGUAAGGGGAAGAAAGGGACAGGGCGGGAUGGUAAGACCUCAUCGAAACUUCUUGCACCCGGCUUCUUCCCUCCUAUCGGUUUGGAUUGCCUCCCGCUUCCUCACCGGCCCGCUCACAAAAAGAUGUACCGCCACAAAAGCACCACAAAGUUUGCCCGUGAUGAACUUUUAGCGGGUAAAAGGGACAUUAAAGGAGUUGCACUGGCAGCUUUGGUAGAGAAACAGAGGUAAUAUUUUCUUUUUGCAAAUUACCCACGUCAAUCCCCGUUUCCUGUCAAAUCCUUCUGAGCCACCACCACCACACACAUUUCAGAGCUGCAUGACACUGACUUUACCCACAGUCCUUUGCCUGCCCCACAGGAAAGUGGGUGCACCCUGCAUGACAGCCCUGCUAAGCUACCUAAUGACUAAGUGGAGUCACUGUAUCACAGCUGCAUCGAUCUGCCAUUUGCUGCUUUGUUGCAUUUUUUAAUCACUUUAUUUUUUUGAUCAUAUUUUUAAAGAGACAAUGCCUUGAAAGCCACCUUAAAGCAUACGCUGGUGUAGUAUUACAUUUGGGGGUUUUGUUUUCUUCUCUCCAUCACAGGUCAAGUGCUAUAAGUGUUCAAUCUGUGUGCUAACGCCGUUGUUUAAAACAAGGACAUCACCUUGCAAAAUGGUUGCCUUCUGUUGUUCAGGGGUCAAAGGUCGUUUUUUUUGUUGUUGUUGUUGUUUUUUUUUUAGUAUUCCCCUCGUUAAGAGUAUUCCAGUGUUACUGUGCCAACCAUUUGGAAAGAUGGAUUCGGAAAACUCCACGGGUAGCGCAUAAUUAGAAAAGGACAUCCUACUUUUGUAUAAGACACUUGUGUCUUAAUGUAAUAGUUGUCUUUAGUAUUACGUUUACUUAUGGUUUGCGUAUUGAGGGUUUGGUCACCGGUGCCAUAGGCUGACUCGAGUCCUCUCUGCCAGUAUCGAAAUGCUGUUGUACAGGAACAUAUGCACUAUUUACAAAAUAAGAUUAUAUCAAACAUGUUUAAAAUUAACGUGCCAAAAUAUGAACAAUUAAGUGUACAGAACAUUUUUAUCUACAUAAUGAAUAUUUGCUGUUUUUUAAUGUGGUGGUGGUUGUGGGAAUGUAUGUGUGCGGUCUCGGGGUGGGUUGGAGAAUAAUUUUGGAUUUUACUGUUGUUACAUAUGCAGACAUCGGUUUGUGGAGUCUUCUGUACAACCUGGGAGAACGAUAUCAUUGUUUCGUUUUGUUUUUUUUUCUCCACUGUUUUGUUUCGAUAUUACACGCUUAGUGGGUUGCAAAAAGAAAGAAAGCCACUGAGCAGAAGAGAGAAUAAAGAGGAAGAGUUGUAACAUUGUAACUACGCAUGUGCCAAAUAUUAAUCAUUUAACAUCUUAUCACAGUUUACGAUAUCAUGAUCUGUAAAAGACAUGACUACAUGUACUUUAUUUGUACCUGUUUUCAUAGGGCAGCAUCUUAAACGUAUACGAAGAAAUCACAUUUUGGGAAUUUAAGCCAACAGAAUCGUGCUAGCUAGUAGGGAUUGACAUAAUUAUCAUAUCUCGUAUUAUAUACUUGAAGACCUUUUCACGACACACGAUAUGAAUCGCCAACACAGUGCCAAUAAAACAGUAGUGCCAAAUU